AUGAUGAGAAUAAUAAUAGCUGCUACUUUAACCCUUCUCCUCUGUUUGCUCACUAUUCAUCCUCCUAACUUCUGCACUGCCCACUCUGACUCUGAGGUUCGUUGCAUUGAAAGCGAGCAACAUGCCCUUCUCAACUUCAAGCAAAACCUUACAGAUCCUUCUAACCGCCUUGCCUCUUGGGCUGCUUCAUCUGACGUGGAUUGCUGUCACUGGGUCGGUGUUGUCUGCGACAACCGCACCGGUCAUGUCCUCCAACUCCAUCUCAGAAGCCAUUAUCCUGUGGAUGACGGGCUUGCAAUUGAUGAAGACCAAUGGGAAGCUCAAUAUGAAGCUUAUUGGAGGUCUAGAUUUGGUGGUAAGAUAAAUCCUUCUCUGCUUGAUUUGAAGCAUUUGAUUUACUUGGACCUCAGUUACAAUGAUUUUGGUGGUAUUCAAAUUCCCAAAUUCCUCAGUUCAAUGGGGAGCUUAAGAUAUCUUAAUCUCUCCCAUGCGGGAUUUGUGGGAUUGAUUCCUCAUGAACUUGGGAAUCUCUCUAAUUUGCACUAUCUCAAUCUUGGACUUAAUUAUUAUGAAUAUUAUAAUAAUAAUAAUAAUUAUUAUUAUUUAUAUGUCAAGAACCUUCAAUGGCUCUCUGGUCUUCCUUUACUACAACACCUUGAUUUGAGUUUUGCAAACCUUAGCAAAGCCUCUGAUUGGCUACAGGAGAUAAACAAACUCCCUUCCUUGUUAGAGUUACGAUUGUCAUCUUGCCACCUCUCUGGUUUUGUCCCACUGAUACCAAGUAUUAACUUCUCAUCUCUCACCACCCUUGAUCUAUCUUACAAUCAGUUUCAAGGUCCAAUCUCUGUUCAUCUCCAGAACUUGACUUCACUUAGGCACCUCGAUCUAUCUUUCAACAAGUUCAACUCUUCAAUUCCCAAUUGGCUGUACACUUUUAGUCAUCUUGAGUUCCUCAACCUCUUUUACAAUCACUUCCAGGGUACAAUCUCUAGUGCCAUUGGAAACCUAACAUCUGCCAUUAGCAUAGACCUGUCAGACAAUGAACUUGAAGGAAAGGUACCAAGAUCUUUGGGUAAUCUCUGCAACUUAAGGGUAAUUAGCUUGUCAUACAACAAAUGGAGUCAAGAGAUAUCUGAAAUCUUUGAAAGUCUAUUCGGAUGUGCUUCAAAUGGACUAGAGAUCUUAUAUUUGUCUAAUGCUAAACUGUCUGGGCAGUUAACUGCUGAACUUGGGCAAUUUAAAAAUCUGGUCAGUCUUUCUUUGAGGAAUAAUUCAAUUUCAGGUCCAAUUCCAUGGUCUAUAGGAAAUCUUUCCUCUUUAAGAGCCUUGUACCUUAUGAGUAAUCAAAUUAAUGGUACUCUCCCUCAAAGUUUUGGACUGCUCUCCAAAUUAGAGUCUUUGUAUAUCGAUUCAAAUAUGUUGGAGGGUGCAGUAUCCGAAGUUCAUUUUGCCAACUUAAUGAAAUUGAAAACACUUGUUGCGUCUCAGAACCGACUGACUUUAGAAGUAAGUGACAAUUGGACCCCUCCUUUUCAACUCAACAAUUUACAUUUGGGAUCAUGGAAUUUAGGGCCGAAAUUUCCUUUGUGGCUCUGUUCACAAAGGCAACUUUUGACCUUGGGCAUAUCCAACACAAGGAUUUUAGAUGCAGUUCCUCCUUCCUUUUGGAACUUGACUUCUCAGCUUACUUAUCUAAAUAUCUCUCAUAAUCAGAUCUAUGGAGAGAUUCCAGAUAUCCCAAUGAUUAUGUCCAGUUUUUCAGUACUUGAUAUGAGUUCAAAUCACUUCAAAGGUCUGUUACCUUGUAUAUCCUCUAAUGUGACCUUUCUUGAUCUUUCUAACAAUUCACUAUCCGGAUCUAUUUCUCACUUUUUGUGUUACAAGAUGAAUAAGCCCAAAUAUAUGCAGUUCCUCAAUCUUGGAAAAAAUCUUUUAUCAGGGAAAUUAAGUAAUUGUUGGAUGAUGUGGAAAAACUUGUAUGCCUUAAAUUUGGGAAAAAACAAUUUCACUGGUAGUAUUCCAACCUCCAUUGGAUCUUUGGUUCAACUUUCGUAUUUGCACUUAGACAACAACAAAUUCUCUAGAAAAUUACCAUCCUCUUUGAAAAAUUGUAAACAGUUGGUGACCAUUGAUGUUGCUAAGAAUGAUUUUGUUGGAAGCAUACCUUCUUGGAUAGGACAUAGACUUUCAAGCUUGGUGAUUCUUAACCUUCACUCAAAUAAUUUUCAUGGUUACAUCCCAAAAGAACUCUGUUCUCUAACUUCACUCCAAAUUUUGGACCUUUCACAUAAUAAGCUAUUUGGAAGCAUACCUAAAUGUGUCCACAAUUUUAGUGCCAUGGCCACAUGUAACAGUUCAGAUUAUCCCUUUUCUUUAUUGCCCUGGUCAUCAGAAUAUGUUUCUGUGCCUUUUGAAAGUCAAUUGGUUGCGAUUAAGGGCAAAGAUCUUGAGUAUUCCACCACUCUUCAAUUGGUAAAAAUUAUAGACCUUUCCAACAACAAUUUAUCAGGAGAGAUCCCUAAAGAAGUGAUGCAUCUCAAAGGAUUACAGUCAUUAAAUUUGUCAUUUAAUAUCUUGACUGGAAGGAUUCCUGAGAAUAUAGGUGAUAUGGGAUCGGUGGAGUCUAUUGAUUUCUCAAGUAACCAACUUUCUGGUCAAAUUCCUCAAAGUAUGUCAAAUUUGACAUUUUUGAGCCGGUUGAACUUGUCAAACAACAAUUUAAUUGGGAAAAUCCCUUCUAGCACUCAGCUACAAAGUCUUGAUGCAUCCAAUUUUUUUGGAAACAAACUUUGUGGACCUCCACUUAUUGAUAAUUGUACUAUAAAGGAUGUACAACCUAACACUGAAAAGAAAGAAUGCAAGGCUUUUAGUGGAGUUGAUGUGGAUUGGUUUUAUGUGAGCAUGGCACUUGGAUUUGUUGUUGGUUUUUGGGUUGUAUUGGGUCCUUUAUUGUUGAACAAGCAGUGGAGAUUUUUGUAUUUUCAAUUCCUGGAUCACCUAGGGUACAAGGUUAGGGGUUUAGUGGCACAAACUUGGUAG